ACUCUGCUUCUGUACUCUGUGUCCUGUCCUUGAGCAAGACUGUCUUCUGCAUCUGUGAAUACAGGUGAUAACAGAUACGCAUGGGAUUUUAACCACCUGUUAAUUACCAAUGAAAGAAUUUUGCGUUGGCGAUUACAUUAUAAAGGAGGCUAGGAUCAAAAAACAUGCACACAACACCUCAUACAAGCAAGCCAUGGCAGUCUUUUAUGAUCUUCGGCUGAUGUCUCUGGCCGUGCUGAUGCUGGCGUCUCAGCUGGACUUUGCCAGCGCUGCUGUUCGGGUGUUUGGCUUAAAUGCCAAGGGCCUCGGCGGUGAUUUAAUUGGAAGACCCGAUGCAUACGUCAAGGUCUGGUGUGGCUCUACUUAUGGAGGGGAGACAGAACAUCACAACAGUAACGCUAACCCUACAUGGUCUAAAGAGUUCAACUUCCCAAACUGCAGUACGAAUGAUAAUCUGAAGCUGGAGGUGUGGGACAAAGACCUAGCUUUUGAUGAUCUUUUGGGCACAUGUGGCAGACCGGUGCAAUAUGGGUCUUCCACAGUUACUUGUUAUCUGACAAAAAAAGGAACCCUGUUUUACAGUUAUGAAGCUAAUUAAAUCAGCAGUUUGUAAAGCUACUUUGAGACAUAAAUCCUGUGCCUGAUAACAAUAAAGUUGAAUAGUAUUCACUGCA